AUGGAUCUGGAUGAGUCUCUACCGGAGAACGAGGCCUCUAUGGACACCGUCCGCCCGUCCAGGGCAGAUGCUACCUAUUUGAAUUUGGAGCCAGAUGAGAAUAUUGAUGCGCAGGAUGUGAACAGCAUCCUCGACAAUAGCGAUGUCGAUUCGGCCUUGGGCGAUUCGGAAACGUGGCCAUCGUCGACAGCUUCCUUGAGGUCGAGCAUCGUCCGCGCCAGAGAAGAGAAUGGCCGCAUAUAUCACGGCUACAAGGAUGGCAAGUAUGUAUUGCCUACGGAUCAGGAGGAGCUCGACCGGCAAAGUAUGGAAAACUUUCUCAAGGUCAUGGACCGCGAAGAACACCCAGAGUCGGAAGUAAUAGGCGUGGAUUUGUCUCCCGUGCAGCCCGGUUUUACACCCCCCAAUGUCCAUUACGAAAUCGACGACCUGGAAGAGGAGUGGAGCUUCUCCAGAAAUUUCGAUUACAUUCAUUCCAUGAUGAUGACGGGUGCCUUUCGGGACUGGCCCAACUUUUAUCGGCAAGCCUUUGAGAACCUCAAUCCUGGCGGCUGGGUUGAAUGUCAGGACAUCAAUUUUCCGAUGAAAUGUGACGACGACACUAUUGCUCCGCAGUCAGAUCUUGGUCGGUGGAACGAGCUGAUGAUGGAGGCUGGCACUCUCUCGGGCUUCCGACUCGAUCUAUGCGACAGGGCGGCGGAAAUGAUGUCGGCAGCGGGGUUCGUCGACAUUGUUCGAAUACCGUACAAGUGGCCGAUUAAUCAAUGGCCAAAGGAUGUCAGAUAUAAGACAUUGGGCGAGUGGACUGAAGCCAAUUUUGUCUUUGGUCUCGAGUCGAUCAUGCUCGCGCUGUUCACGCGUUUCCUGGGCUGGAAAAAGGAAGAAGUCUGGGAGUUCAUCGCAAGGGUGAUUGCCGAGUGGAGGGACCUUAGGAAUCAUGGCUACUUCGAGAUUUAUGUGACGUAUGGCAGGAAACCAUAG